AUGAAUUCAGGAAACACUCAAUUCGACCAGUCUAACACUCCAGUUGCUGCGUUUCUGCGCAACAAUGCCCCUACCCAAGGCAUGGGCGUCGACAUGAGCGGACAAUUUGGGAACUCGAACAUUAUGAUGAACAGCCAGCCACAAGUGAACCAACUGAAUAAUUUCAAUCUUGCUGAGCUCAAGAGAUUGCAGCAACUGCAACAGCAGUUGCAAGCAACAAACCAAGCUCCUAAUCCAAUGAUGCAAUCUUCUGCGAACCCAUCAGCUCUACUGUUCCAAAACUACUUGGAUCAGAAGAUUCAGUCUACCAGAUUCAACGAUUCCUUGAAUCCGCUUGCUGGAGUGGGAGGUUUCUCUGGAAUGGGAUCGCAAAACCCCCUCAUCAACUCUAAUCUGUUCCAAGAACAGCUGAUGAUCAAUCAGAAUGUCAUGAAUGGGAUGAAAUCGCCAUCUGGAGAAAUGGCUCUCCCUUCCCCGCACUCUAUUUUCCACCGCGAUGGAAGUCGUAGAAUGCGUGGUGGUGUGAUUGAGCCCUUCCCUGAGAAACUUCAUCGUCUUCUACUUGAAGUUGAGGCUGCAGGACGAUCUGACAUUAUUUCCUUUGUUGCUAAUGGAAGAGCUUUUGCCAUCCAUAUGCCUGAUAAAUUCUUCAAGGACAUUGUCCCUCUGUACUUCCGCCAGAGUCGAUUGAGUUCCUUCAAGAGACAACUUAACCUUUACGGAUUUGAGUUGAUCAAUACCGGUCCCGCACGAGGUGGAUACUUCCACGAACUCUUUGUCAAGGACCGCCCCGAUUUUUGCCGCAAGAUGAGACGGGUUGCAGUCAAGGUUGGAGCUAAGAGUUCCAAACUAUCUCCCACAAAAGAGAGUCAGGGGGAAGAUGCUAUUGAAAAGGCAGACAAAAUUCUGAAGCAACUUGACGAUGAACAAUCGUCUAGAAAUGAUAAGCAAGAUUCUAUGGAGAAGCCCUUGAUAGAAUCGGGAUCACUACACGCGGAACCUGCCGCUGUUGAUAUUAGCCCAGCAACAGGAGCUGUCGAAUAG